GCACCGAUUUUGGCAUGAUUCACCCAUCCUCUCAAACUCAUCCACAUAUCUAGCUGUAUCCAACCGAUUGUAUUCAUAUCUCUUGUACGAGUUACUCUCUGUGUUCCUAUGCCUAGAGGAAACAACAACGAUCGAGGCCGUGGAUUUCGAGGCUCUCCUAGAGGUCAAUAUCGAGGUGGAAGUCGUGGACGCGGACGCGGACGAGGUCGUGGGCAAUUUCACAACGACACACAUGGAGGAGCCUACCCUCACACCGAAACUGAUUUCGUGGUCCAGGUCUGGCAAGAACCACCAUCGAAUUACUUUUCGAGAGGUGGGAGUCCGUGGCGUGGUCGAGGGGGACGUGGACGUGGAUCUGGAAUUAGGGAUCAGCGAUACCUCAACGAGGAGGAAGUACCCCGCGGCGUGGAAUGGGUAUUGGUAUGGGUACUAGGGGGAGAGGACGGGGACGGGGAGAGUUUGACUGCUCCUACUGGCAGAGCACGACCAGGCUUUGGCCGUGGUCAGAACAGAAAUGGACCUAACACUCUCGACUCCGCAAGGUACCUCAGACCUAUUAAAUUCGUGCCAUCUGUGCAUACGAAGACGUUGUUUGGAGAGGUAGAAGAGAUUCUUCAGCCUGUAGCUGAGAGCGCUGGUAUGUCGAGGAAAGCCAUGUUCCCACUGCAGGAUCGCGUUACUCGUGUAUUCAGUGGAAGGGAUCUGCCCCCUCCAUCGUCGUCCGAUGAGUUGGAGGAGGUUGAUUUUGCUGAUAUGGGUAAACUGCUUCCUCGGCUUGGUAAAGCUCAGGCUUCGACUAGUGCUCGGGUCCCUCAAGUCGCCUCUUCUUCACGCGAGGAGGUAUUCACUGGGAUGUAUAACAAGAACAAUCGCAAUGUCAGGCCCUCACCCCGUCCAGUGUCGAAGCACACAGAUGCAAAGCCCAAAAAACCUGUCUUCGUAUCCACUGAUGUAGUCGUCAGUAAGACGAUCGCAACUUCGGUACACGGCGUCACUACGCUAGAGAAAUCAGCAGCUGCUCUGGUUAUAACUCAAGAUGACGAAAUAGCCGUCGAUAAACCAGAGACGAUCACAUUCUCGCAGCCUCCGGCAACAUCAAUCUCAAAUGAAAUCACUGCUUCUCCUGCACGUCUUCCAAAAGACGAUACCCCCACCUUCUUCGUGGAUACAGAACCUACCAGGCAUCGCUCCGCUAGUGACAUCGUGCUUUUUGAUCGUACCCCCUGGGUUGGCGCUCCUCUUGGGGAAGAGGACGAACUUAUUGUUUAUGUUGCGCCGCACCCACGAUCAGGGCGAGCUUCGCCCAUUCCUGAUGUUCCCCGCGUACGGUUACCCUUGAGGUCUGUACUGACAGGGACUACCAAUCCCGUGCAAAAUCACUCCCUUCCUCAGUCUCCAGUCGAUGAUAAGAUAAUCCCCACACAGUCCAGUGAACCCCCCCAGUUCUCCUCCGUUUCGUUCGGUUUCACUUCUCCCAACGUAAAGAAACAGCGUCAAAGACCCGUCUUCACUCCUGGCGAUCGCUCCAAAGUGAGGGUGCAAGCGAGGAAACAAGAAGCCCGAGUAGUGCGUAAACGUGCUAAACGUCAGGCGUUGUUUGGGUCCUUUGGCGCGAUACUCUCGGAAGCCCGAUUGAGGGACGCCGAUGAACGGGAGCGCAGGGACGUCCGAUGGGAGUCUAGGCGGAAGGAUGACUCUGAUAUUGAUUGGGGUGAUGGCGACGACGACGUUCUAGAAAAGGAUGGCAUUGAUGAAGUGUCUAAUGGACUGGGAGGCAUGGAUCUGGACCCGGAUCUUGAGCCCAAUUUGGAGGCUAUGAAAGGGUUCGUUCAGAGUAUGAGCGCAGAGGGAUCGCGGCAUGUCACGAUGGAUGACAUUCAGGACGAAGAGAGGACGAAGAUGGAGGACGAGGAAGAAGAAGACGACGGAAGUGAUUCCCACGGGUCUUAUAACGACACGAGCGACGAAGAAGACAAGGAGGAAAAUGCGGUGUUUGAAGUAGAGGAAGAGAUACUUAUUGCCGAAUCGGAGGACACGAAACCUCGUGGACCUUCACCCUCAGAUGAUUCUGACGAUGGGGAAGAUUCGUCUGACGAUGACCUCAGUCCCCGAGCUAAUUUCCAGAGUAGACUUCAUCGAGUCCGCGAGAAAUCGCGCGCGACCAAGCCAGAAACAGAAACACCUGAAAGCGAUUCAGAUGAGUCGUCUGGUGAUGAUUUCCCGCGAUGGAAUCGAGGUGAUGCCGACGAUGAUUACAUUGCACAAAUAGAGGACCUGCUUGAAAUGCAUAGCGAUAUAGCUAGCAGUAAAAACCAAAAACUACGCAAUAAAGUAUUCCGGGCAAUACAUAAUGGUCAAUUUGACCACCUCGACGAUUACGUGGAAUUAAACGGGUCCUUCACCUACACAGAGAUGGAGCCAGCGAAGCGCAAGAAAGACAAGAUGAAGGAACUGCCUGAUGAUCUUCAAGAAAUAUGGGAGAAAGAUCGAGCCAAGAAAGCUGAACGCAAACAAGCUCGCAAAGAGGCUCACAUUCUCGCCGCCGCCGAUCCCUUUACGCCAAAGAAAGGCGGUAAAAAGGGGCGCAAAGCGAUUCAAAUUCCGAAUGCCAUCGUAGAUAUGGAUUCACUAGAGGAGCAGAUUCGCCGCUUUAUUAUCGAUGAUAUUGGCGGAAAGAACAACAAUAGGAUGGUCCUUCCUCCGAUGGACAAGAUGUCGAGGAAGCAAGUUCACGAACUUGCUAACGCGUUUAACCUCAAGAGCCAUAGCAAAGGCAAAGGAGAUAGGAGAUAUAUUACUCUCACCAAGGCCACGAGGACGCGUUUCGCUGAUGAACGGAAAGUUAAGAAUGUCAUGAAGAGACAUGGAGGUGGAUUCGAUACAAUGCCUCGACACAAAGAUGGAGAUGAAGUUGGCAAGGCUGCUCCAAAGAUUGGAGAAACGAAUGUCGGGUUCAAGAUGCUUGCUUCUAUGGGUUGGGCAGAAGGAGAUAGGAUUGGCAGUGUUUCGUCCACGGGGAUUGAUGCCCCUUUGACAGCCAUCAUCAAGAACACGAAGCGAGGUCUAGGCGCGACUCGAUAGUCGUAUGUCAUCACAGCGAAACUUAAUGUAUCUUCGAUGAUCAUAUUUUGACCGUGAGCCCUGAUCAUAGCUAAUCCGCAAAUGCUGGGAAUGUGAAUCGAAUGGUAUGCGUCUUCGUGCAGAGGUUGGACUUCUCACCUUCUCAAGGCACCCCAUAGUUGGUGAGAACACUCGCAAGGAGGUGGUCGUUCGGACAUGAAGUAGUGGGGUAGUUUAUAUGUAGAUAACCUCCUGCCCUGUGGCAGUGUCGAUUUGAAUAUUCGACACUAAUCGACACCCUUGAUACAUCUAAUAUAAUAAAUAGCGAGAAUAGUUUUAUUUGAUGAUAUAUUAUAUGCUACAGUGAAAAAACUAUGAAAAUAUGUGCUGGAAUGACG